AUGAGCACACUUCCCAAAGCCCAAGCAGUAGGGAAUAAAUACAGGGACCAGGUGAUCCUCCAUAUUUGGAAAGCCCCAAAUACAAGCACUAAGGACGAAAAGGAAAAACAAACGGAUCUUUUUGAGGUAAGUAGCGCGAGGAAAGCAGUCCCCGACGCCCGAGCGUCAGCCGGCCGCCGGGGCCCGGCACAAGGGCGUUCACGCUGGCGGGCUCCUGCGGGAUGGGUGUCGGGGCGCGCGCCCCCCGAUUUAGAAGGGCCCAGCAAGGUUCUCAAGGGCGCCCGAUCCCGAGAGCUGCGGGCAGGAGGGGUGUGGAAGCAGGUCUCCCUCGGUUUUUCAGGCUGCUUUCGUGGCUGGGCGGCCCCGAGAAACGUUAGGAGGCGGACAGACAUCGCGCUGGCGGGGAAGGCGCGGGGACCGGGACCCCGGGGUGCGGGGGGUCCGGGAAGCCGCAGAGCCUUUACCCCGCGCCUGGCCCGGACAUGCGCUUGGCCCGCCUGCCGGGAGGGCUGUUGCCUCCCUUUCCAGGGCCGAGCCCUCCGCCCCGCUCGGGAAGGUCUGCGGGACUGGACGCUUGAGGGGGGCGUCUGCGUGUGGGGCGAAAGGCGAGAGGUCGGGGCAGCGCGCGGGGCCCGACGGGCGGCCCGGAGCCGCAGCCGGGCCGGGGGCUCGGUCGGCCUUGCGCGGCAGACCCCGCUCCGGCUCCCCGUCUGUGCUCGGCGUGGUAGGCGAGCGUCGUCAGAGAAACUUCCUUGGGCCGAGCGGGGUGGCCUGGGGCCGGCUCGUACUUUCGCUCCGAGGGCAAAGCCGCCUCCGAUGGGACCCUCCCGCCCCAGCCGCGUCGCCUCGGCGUCGUGGCCUCGGCCGUCCGCGCGCGGGUCCGGACGCGCUAACCCGCGCUACCUUUCCUCCUGGCUGGGAGCCGCCGCGGCUGCGACACGCGGGUCCGAGCCAGCGGCUCCAAGUCCCAGGUGUUUCCUUGGGGCACUUCGCGCACUGCUCAAUAUGGGGUGCGAUUUCGUCUCCUCGUGCGCCCUUCCUCCCCGCACCCCGGCCCAGGCGGGGGCGAGCGUCCCGCAGUGCUCCGCACCGGCCCCGCCCGCUGGCGCUGAGCUGUCCCUGCGGCCGGCGCGGGCCCUCCGGGGCGCUGUCCAUCGCUGGCUCUGGGCACGAGUGGCUCCCGGAAACCGAGACCUUGAGCGGGAAAUGAACCUGAGCAAACGUCUAUGCACCUAUCAGGUGCAUUUUGAGAAAUCUACUCCUUCCUUUAGUACAAUGGGUCUGGCUUUCUGGAUUAAAGACCAUGCCUAUCUGUGGUGCAUUUGUUUGGCCAUUGCUGUUAUUCGUUGUUCUUUUGGCAGUAGUGAUGAUGGGAGUACAAGGUAUUUCUUUGUGGUUGAAGAAGACAAUACUCCGCUAUCAGUCACAGUGACUCCCUGCGAUGCGCCUUUGGAGUGGAAGCUGAGCCUCCAGGAGCUGCCAGAGGAGACAAGCGGGGAGGGCUCAGGUGAUCCAGAACCUCUCGAGCAGCAGAAGCAACAGAUCAUUCCUGAGAAAGGUACUGAGUUAUUCUCCUACAAAGGCAACGAUGUUGAGUAUUUUAUAUCUUCUAGCUCCCCAUCUGGCUUAUAUCAGCUAGAGCUUCUUUCCACAGAGAAAGACACACAUUUCAAAGUCUAUGCCACCACAACACCAGAGUCUGAUCAGCCAUACCCUGAAUUACCUUAUGAUCCAAGAGUAGAUGUUACCUCCCUGGGGCGCACCACAGUCACUCUGGCCUGGAAGCCGAGCCCCACAGCCUCUUUGCUGAAACAACCCAUUCAGUACUGUGUGGUCAUCAACAAAGAGCACAAUUUCAAAAGUCUCUGUGCAGUGGAAGCAAAACUGAGUGCAGACGAUGCUUUUAUGAUGAACAAUGUGCUAAAUGGGACUAUGGUGAAUCCAAGAGUUAUUGCAGCUUUGGAAGGUGAUAGACUUGACUCUCAGAUAUUACCUAAUGCCUGGGAUCCAGCCAGGUCAAUUUAA